AUGCCAUGCUUAUGUGAUAUGCUCACUAUUCAGGCGCCGCCGGCUUGUGCCAGCGCCCGACAUCAAGAUUUCACGGCCAACGUCCUCGAACGCCUCUCGACUAACCCCGACUCAGCCCGAGCCCGAUCCAAAACUUACCCAGCCGACUUCCAUCAUACCCAAUCGCCCGGCUUUAAGGGCGACGAACCUGACACUGUCGACGCGUACGAGAAGAUCCUUUCCGCCCAGCUUGCUGCGGGAGACGCAGAUCCUUCGGCCGAUAGGAACCUCAUAAAUAGCAUCGCAAAGAAUGCAGAAGCCAGACAAGCUCAAAUGAAGACGCUGGUCGGACAAGGGCUAGAUAAAACCGAGAAAGAGGCAAGGAUCAAAGAGAAAUUCAACAAAGCGCUUCAACCAGUCAACAGUGUCAAAGACUUUGUGUCAAUAGCUGUGAAGAGCGAGCCAACCGCUGCUGUCGCCUGGCUAGGUAUCACGACACUGAUGGAUCUCGUUGCAAACCCACUCACUGAAUCAGGCAUCAACCUCGACGGAGUCACAUACGUCCUGGAGCGAGUUGAAUGGUACUGGGAGUUGGCACAACUCUUGCUCGACCCGGGCAAGGUUGAUGAUUCCCUCGUCGGGUUACAAAGUCUUCUUAGGGGCCACACCAUCGAGCUCUACAAGAAGCUGCUGCUAUACCAAAUGCAGAGUGUAGUCUUGUACAAUAAACACUGGGCUGCCGUCAUAAUCGGGGAUGUCUUCAAAAGAAACAAUUGGCAGGGCAAGGUCGACUCGAUAAAGAAAGCCGAGGCUUCCUUACGAGACGACAUGGAGCAGCACAACUCCGAAGAGCUCAAAUCUCGGCUUCGGAAGAUCGACAACAUGCUUGGCCAUGUACGCCUAGGCGUUAAGGCAGUAGAAUCGGUCAUCCAAGACCAGACCCAGGUGGUGCGCCAGAUCCAUCACGAUAAGAACGACCAGAAAUGCCUCCAAGAUCUAUUCAUUGUCAACCCCGUAGUCCACGAGAAGGAGAUCAAGAAGAGAAAAGGCGGCCUGCUCGAGGAUUCGUACCGCUGGAUUCUCGACCAUGACGAUUUUCGGCUAUUCCGGAAUGAUCCAGAGAGCCGAUUGUUAUGGAUCAAAGGCGACCCGGGAAGGGAAGACGAUGCUUCUAUGCGGUAUCAUUGA